GAAAUGUUAUCCCUGUUCGUGUCUUCAUUCGGUCGUAUAUGAAAUCGUGGUUGCAAUCACAUGACAUGACAGACCACAAAUACAUGCCCUUCAUGAUGUUUGCUUUGACUUCCCUUCUACGAUGUCGAUCACCUUCAAUUUCACUAUCAACAGUUUCAAUACUUCUUCAAAGUCGCUCCCACGUUAACUUUGCACAAAUCUAGGCCUACACCAACACCAACACCAGCUAUACCUUCUUCUCUAAAGCAAAGAUCUUAACGAAAAUUCAAAAACCCCACUUGAAUGAUCAAGGUCCCAGUCUUUUGACUGUGGGUUGAAGGAGAAGGUUAGGUAAAUUAUAGCAAGAGAUAAAAGAUUUUUGUUAUCGCUUUAAAGCAGAAUUUUUUAGGGUUUUUCGUUGUCUACUCUAUAUCGUACUUGAUUUUGUGCUGCAUUUGCAUUUGAAUCUGGAUUUUGGCCGUUUGAAUACUCGUUGGAACUCUGGGUUUUGGGUUGAUUUGAGUUAUUUCAUGGUGUUGUUGCCAAAAUCUUGAGUUUUGAGAUUGGGAUCCGAUUACAUUAUAGAAUUGCGUAGUAGAUGUUCGGUGAAAUUUUUUGACUUUUUUGUUACUGAUUACUGAAUCUUCAGUUUGGAAUUUUUCUUGGUGUUCUUGCCUAGAUCUUGAAUUUUGAGAUUUGGGUGAGAUUUCUGUACUGGGUGAUUUGGGGUUUCGUUACAUCAGAGAAUCCUCUACUGGAUUUAUAAUUAGACUCUAUAAAUCAAAGAUUUCUAGGGUUCUUGAGAUUUAACGAUUGGUGUUUCCUGCUACAUUGUAAGAUUAUCGAUGGGAAUUUUGGAUUUAAAUUAAGCAUUUUGUUGGUAAGAGAAGUUGAUCUUAUUUCAAUGGCUUCGACAUCGCCUUCUCCAGGUUCUUCUCCCUCAUCGGUUCCUCCUGUUGCUUCAAACCCUGUGCCUGUUUCCCCUGUUUCUCAGCCUGAUCAGGCCACCGGAGCACCACCGCCUCCUGCCAUCCCUUCAGCUCCACCUCUUCAAUUGCCUCCAUUACCAGUGGCCAGUCCACCGCCUCCAUCUACACCAGAUGCAUCACCUCCACCAGAUGCAUCACCGCCACCACCACCGGAACUACCUGCUUCUCCUCCUCCAUCUCCACCUGCAGCACCACCACCAGAAUCCCCCGCAACUACUCCUCCACCACUACCACCUCCUGUCACCGCCACUCCACCUGCAAACUCACCACCUCCUCCAGAUUUAUCUCCUCCACCAGAACCAACAAGUUCCCCUCCUCCUCCAAACCAACCUGACGACACAGCCUCUCCCCCCUCUCCAUCUCCACCCGCACCAGUUUCUCCUUCUCCACCACCUCCAGAAAACGUUCCAUCGCCACCACCCCUCUCCGCCUCUCCUCCCCCACCACAUGCAAACCCACCUGAAAUCCCCGCACCACGUCCACCUGCUCCACCCUCAAACACCUCCAUCACCCCUCCAUCUUCAACAUCAUCACCUCCUCCUUCAUCAACCCCAAUCCCAACCAACUCCUCCACUCCCGCAUUCGGAACCCCUCCUAUAUCCCAAUUAGCACCACCCACAGAGAAACCAACCGCAAGAGCAACAAACAACACCACAAACGCUAACCAAAAUGGUACAUCCGGUGGUGGUUCCCGUGGAGGACCAAGAACAGGUGGCGCAGUGGCAAUUGGUGUUGUUGUGACAUUUGUCACACUCAGUCUCUUUAUAAUGGCUGUGUGGUUCAAAAAAAGACAAAAGAAACGUGGUGGACGCCCUACUGGUAACUACAUUAUGCCUUCACCCUCUGCCUCCUCCCAAAAAUCAGACGCCCAGUUUCUGAGUUCCCAACAAUCUGCUCAUAACCGAUUGGGUGGAAGCCCAUCAGGGGUGGGGAGUAAUUCCAUAUCCAUGUACUCACCGGAGGGUGGUGGUGUAGGAAACUCGAGGGCAUGGUUUACCUAUGAAGAAUUAUCAGAGGCUACAGAUGGGUUUUCAGGAAGCAAUAUUUUAGGUGAAGGUGGAUUUGGGUGUGUUUACAAGGGGUUGUUAACAGAUGGGAGAGAAGUUGCUGUUAAACAGCUGAAAAUUGGUGGUGGACAAGGAGAACGUGAAUUCAGAGCAGAAGUUGAAAUCAUUAGUCGUGUUCAUCAUCGUCAUUUAGUGUCACUUGUUGGUUAUUGUAUUUCUGAGCAUCAAAGACUACUUGUUUAUCAGUUUGUCUCCAACGACACCCUUCAUUUCCAUCUUCAUGGCCCAGACAGGCCGGUUAUGGAGUGGUCCACCCGAAUUCGAGUUGCUGCUGGUGCAGCCCGUGGUUUGGCUUACUUGCAUGAAGAUUGUCAUCCGAGGAUCAUACACAGGGAUAUCAAGUCAUCCAACAUUCUAUUGGAUGACAACUUUGAUGCCCAGGUGGCAGAUUUUGGGCUUGCGAAGUUAGCCAUGGAUACUAAUACGCAUGUCACUACUCGUGUCAUGGGAACCUUUGGAUAUAUGGCUCCUGAAUAUGCUUCAAGCGGGAAGUUGACUGAAAAGUCGGAUGUUUUCUCAUUCGGGGUAGUGCUGUUAGAACUAAUCACUGGGCGUAAACCUGUGGACGGGUCUCAGCCCCUGGGGGAUGAGAGCCUGGUUGAAUGGGCUCGACCAUUGCUGAAUCAGGCACUUGAACAUGAGGAUUUUGAAGAACUGGUAGAUCCGAGGCUGGAAAAAAACUACGUGCAGGUUGAAAUGUUUCGGAUGAUUGAAGCAGCUGCAGCCUGUAUACGCCAUUUAGCACCAAAAAGGCCACGAAUGAGUCAGGUGGUGAGAGCUUUGGACUCAAUUGUUGAGUUCACAACGGAUCUGUCAAACGGGAUGAAACCAGGGCAGAGUGAAAUCUUUGAUUCGCUAGAACAGUCUGCACAAAUUAGAUUAUUCCAAAGAAUGGCGUUUGGUAGUCAAGACUACAGUUCUGAAUAUUUUAAUAAUAAUUCUCAGACCAGUUGGAAGAGUGAAGGAUCACGGCACAUGUUUUGAUAAUUAACACACACAUUCUUUUCUAAUUCUAUCCACCAACUAAAGAUAUUAUUAAUAUAGUAUUGUAUGUGAUCACAGAGCUGUUUGUUUGUGUGAUUCUUUUACACUACACUGUUGGUCGGUUGGGUGUAUAGAAAAUUGACAUGGUGGUUGCCAUCUUCUUCAUUAUGUAUGGGAAAUCUUGUGCCAAUUUUUCCAUGUAAGUAAAUUUUGUUGUCCAUGUG